AUGGACCAAGAGAUUACGGACUUUUUCCAAGAACUCGGUGAGUUCGAGGACCGAGUCGACACUGAUGGUGGUGAGGACAGUGUCACCCGAGGAGAGCGAACCAAGUUCAUCGAUCAGAUGAACCUUAUCCGAGACUGGUCAGGAAUGUGUGAACAACAGUUACGCGACUUUGGACACAAUAACCUGGCUGCUGAAAUAACUAGCAACUGUCGCCAGUGCGAACUUGUGUUCAAUCUCUCGCAUCCACAGAACGGUGUUAUUAUUGAAAUAUCUAGCGACACCGAGCUGGAAUUCCGUCUAGCACUUAAGCCAUACGUCGGCAGUGCUCGCGGAAACACCGAGCUUCUACGGUGGCCGCUGGUUGAGAUGGUCGAAAUAUUUGUGGAGGCCGAUAUACUCCGUGACGGAGUCGUCCUGGUUGAUCUCCCGGGGGAGAUGGAUGCAUUGGACGCUCGAUCUCAGGUCGCCCGCAAAUAUUACAACAAGUUGGACCGGCUGAUGGUGGUGGCGCCUGGUGACAGUGCUAAAACCAGCAAAACCGCCAAGGACCUCAUUCAGGAGGAUCAGGUCGUCGACAUGGAGGCCGACGGGAUGCUUGACGGCAACAACUUGGGAAUUAUCGUCACAAAGAUCGACCAGAUGAAAUGGAGUUACUUCAUGGAAUCUGAGUGGCCUUUCCAGGAAUUUCCGAAGGAGCUUACCCAAGCAACGCACAACCUGGAAGAACAAAAGCGAGCACGACAACAUCUGAAAGAGCUAAUUGGGAAACUUAGGAGGCGGGCAGAAUACAGCGAGGACGAGCAGCCCAACAUCGCCGCCCAGAUUCGAGACGCCAAAGUACGAAAGAGGCUACUGAAUGGUCAGAUCCAGCAGCUCGAGGCCUUCUGUCUUCGUACCUGCAUAGAGGCCAGGAGCGCCGACAUCAAAAUCGCCUUCCAGAACCAUGUCGACGAGACUCGACGGGGUAUGGGCCGCAGAGACAUCACGAGAAUGUCCGACAAUUUGCAUCGAUAUAUCUACAGCCUUCAGUCAAAAGGCCGACUGUAUGAUGUGGAAAAACUUGACGGCUUGGUGCAUGACUUUGUCAGUCAUGUUAAUAGGUUCCAAAAGGGGACACAGGGUGAUAAGCUGCACUGGUCUACGCACGGGUUGUUCUGGAGACCAUUUGCUCUCUCUUGGAGUGAGGCGUUCGGCCAGAAGGCUCACGACAAGGUACGGGCAUUUGAGAGCCAUGUUCAGAGGAGAAUCAGUCAACACACCAGAGCCGUAUCUGAAUCGAAGGAACUACCCGAAGAGUUCCAGGCGGCGUUUCGAGGCUGCGCCUACAGAAUCGAAAAUUUCCUUGGGGAAUACAAAAUGUCAAUUAGGACGUCGUUCUCCCAGUAUCGCGCUGCCAUCGGACAGAUCAGGGGCAAUUCAAAGGAUCAAGUUGCUGAACACAUGAAGGAGGCUUACUUGGCCGCACAGAAGAUCACAGGCAAGAACAAGAAGAUUCGGCAAGUGGCUAUUUUGUGUAGUCAUGCUGAACAAGUGAAAACGACCAUUUUUCAUGCAGUCAGUCUCAAGGUGGAUGCAGACGUCAGAAAGCAACGACUCAGCCUCAAUAAGGUCUUGAAGGGCCACGCGGAUACGCUCCUGCAGCAUAUCAAAAAGCUGGAAGACGACCUUACGACAAGGGUUUGUUCUCAGGGUGAACUGUUGGUGCAUUCAUCUUCUACAGCCGAGAUUGAACGCCUUCGUGAGGAUGUUGCGCGCGACGUGGAAGGAUGGACGCAACAUUGGGCAACCUUGAAGGCACUACUUCCCGAGCAAUUACCGGACGGUGACCACAGCGACAUUGUUUCGGGCAUGCAUAAGAAAGACAGCGAGCGCGCAACUCUCAAAGAAGGCAUGAUUAAUCCAGGCCGUCUGACCAAUGAGGUUGUUGAAACCAAAUUGGCGCCAUUGCGGCGAGCGGCGACCUUAGGCAGCGAAUGCCCUCGAAAACGGCAAAAGGGAACCCAUCCGGCCUGGCAUUCUGUCUCGGAGAGCCAUUCUCGACUAAGCGUCUUCAACCCUCGAGGAGAACAUAGGGAGGGCAAUAUGGCGCUGCAUAACGACAUCGACACUCUGGAGCCGCAAACCAAGACCUCUGGAGAAACCGAGCUGGCGAUGAUCAAGCCAGUUUACUGCGAUGUGAGACACGCAGUCGACUAUGAACGGGAAAAGUCGUUCCAAAUGCCUUGGCAACAGGAAGACGACUGGGGUUACCGUGGCGUCACAGCUAACACGGCGCUGGAUUUGCAGACUCAUGACCCUUUCGCCUCGCGAAACGGCAGUACCUAG